AUGCUGCCCCCAGUGCCGUCAUUCACCGCAACCUGGCACAACGCCCCCUACGCCCUCAUCUUCCCCUUGCAACCAGAGCUAAGCGCCGCGGGCAAAAUAGUGAUUGUGACCGGUGCUGCAAGUGGAAUCGGCCGCGCAACAGCCUCAUCCUUUGCCCGCGCUGGGGCAACCAAGAUCAUCCUCAUCGGACGUAACAAGGCCAACCUGGAAAAAACGCAACGGUCGCUACCAUGUGCCAGCUCGCUCCAUGCCGUAGACGUUCGGGACGAACAGGCGGUCUCUCGGGUCGCAUCUGCCGUAGGACGUUGGGACGUGAGUUGA